UCAUCCUGUUAGGACCCAAAACAAAAGCAUUAGAGAAUACAUAAUAAAAAAAGAAAAGAGGAGGAACCACAGACACUAGAAAAUCUCUCUCGCACAAAACCGAACCCUAACCCAAACCAUUCUUCUCUCUCGCUUUCUUUCUUUAUUUUUCUUUUUCCGGAAAUCGCAUUUGGAUGUUCUAAUUCAACCACCAGCGUUGUAGAUCUGAUAAGGGCAAAAGGUUUGAAGGUUGUACAUAUGGAGACAUUGUUAACUUGGAACACUGGCUAGAUUUAGUGCUUUUGAAAGUUUGUCAGAGAUAUUUGAUGGAUGAUGAUAAUACAGGUAGAUAAAAUGUCUGCUCCUUCUUCAAGGGAGCGUGCUCAGCAGCUGUAUGAUAAGAUAAAUGAGUUGGAGAAUAAGCGUCGGAGGUCAGCCCAGGCUCGAAUUCCAUCAGACCCAAAUGCAUGGCAGCAGAUACGGGAGAAUUAUGAGGCAAUAAUUCUUGAAGACCAUGCUUUUUCUGAGCAGCACAAUAUUGAAUACGCCUUGUGGCAGUUGCAUUACAAGAGAAUUGAGGAGCUAAGAGCACAUUUCAAUGCUGCUCUUUCUUCUUCUGGUUCAAACUCUUCUCAAAAUGUGAAGGGCCCCGCGCGACCUGAUCGAUUGACAAAAAUAAGGCUGCAGUUUAAGACUUUUCUUUCGGAAGCCAGUGGUUUUUACCAUGAUUUAAUUGUGAAAAUCAGAGCAAAGUAUGGGCUUUCCCUGGGUUAUUUCUCUGAGGAUUCAGAUAACCAAAGCUUUACGGAGAAAGAUGGGAAAAAAUCUGCUGAAGUAAAGAAAGGUUUGAUAUCCUGUCAUCGUAGUUUGAUAUACUUGGGUGACCUUGCACGUUACAAAGGAUUGUAUGGAGAAGGUGACUCAAAGACUCGAGAGUUCACCGCAGCUUCGAGUUACUAUAUGCAAGCUGCUUCUCUUUUGCCAUCUAGUGGGAAUCCACAUCAUCAGCUUGCUAUUUUGGCUUCUUAUUCGGGUGAUGAAUUGGUGGCUGUUUAUCGGUAUUUUCGUAGUCUGGCAGUGGAUAGUCCCUUCUCAACUGCGAGAGAAAACUUAAUUGUUGCAUUUGAAAAGAACCGUCAUAGUUAUUCUCAACUCUCUGGGGAUGCUGUUGCACGAGGGGGCAAGGAUUCCCCUGCAAAAUUGUCUGGCAAAGCUAGAGGGAAAGGGGAGGGAAAGCAUGUAUCCAAAGAUACAAAUGCUGAAACUAAACUUGUCAAGGAAGGAGUAUCUAGUAGUCAAGAGAGCUAUAAAUCAUUUUGUGUCCGGUUUGUACGUCUAAAUGGCAUUCUUUUUACUCGCACAAGCUUGGAAACUUUUGCUGAAGUGCUCUCUUUGGUGAGCGGUGGCUUGCGUAAGUUUCUGUCAUCUGGACCAGAAGAGGAGCUUAUUUUUGGCGCUGAUGCUGUUGAGAGUGGACUUAUUGUGGUUAGGCUUGUGGCCAUUCUUAUAUUCACAGUUCACAAUGUGAAUAGAGAAUCUGAGGGCCAGACAUAUGCAGAAAUUCUACAACGGAAUCUACUCUUAAAGAAUGCAUGCAUUGCUGUUUUUGAGUUGAUGAGCCACAUAAUGGAAAGAUGUGUGCAGCUGCACGAUCCUUCUUCAAGUUUCCUCUUACCUGGCAUUCUAGUUUUUGCUGAAUGGUUAGCUUGCUGUCCAGAUGUUGCAGCUGGUAAUGACGUGGACGAGAAACAUGGUGCUGUUAGAUCAAAAUUUUGGAACCUCUUUAUUUCAUUUUUGAAUAAGCUCAUGUCAUCUGGUUCAGUUUCCAUAGAUGAUGACGAAGAUGAGACUUGCUUUAAUAACAUGAGUAAGUAUGAAGAGGGAAAUACAGAAAACCGGUUGGCUUUGUGGGAGGACUUUGAGUUGAGAGGUUAUGUGCCACUUAUUCCUGCUCAAACCCUUUUAGAUUUUUCCAGAAAACAUUCGUUUGGAAGUGAUGGUCAGAAGGAAAAAAAGGCCCGUGUGAAAAGGACCUUUGCAGCAGGCAAGGCUCUUGCUGGCAUUGUCAGGGUUGAUAAAAAAGCGAUCAGUUUCGAUUCAAGGAUAAAGAAGUUUGUUAUUGGUGCUGAUCCUGAAAUGUUGGAUAACAUGGCACAUGCAUUUUCAGGCAUUCCGAAUAAAGAUAAUCCAGGACAAGAAAAUCAAGCUGCUGACAAAGCAACAAAUAUGGCAAUUGCACAGACAAAUCGGCAGCUUCUUAUAGAAGGAGAUGAGGAGGAUGAAGUGAUUGUCUUCAAGCCAAUAGUGGCUGAGAAGCGAUCUGAAGCUGUUGAUUCUAAUUGGGCAGCAACCUAUGAGGGUCUGAAGCCUAGUCAGAAUGCUUCUGCAGGUGAUAUGGCCUUCAGUGGCAGCUCCAUUUCAGCUCCUCCUGUUCCCCAGCAUUUUCAACCAGUUCAACCUUAUGUAUCAAAAUGGAUGAUGGGAGAAGAAGCCUUUCUUGCUAACAGCUUAAAUGGUUUGAGGUUCACGGGGAAUGGGCAUUUAGUAAAAUCUGAAAUUCAAGAAAAUCAUCCUCCUAUGCCUUCAGUUCCAGUUCAACAGUCUUUCAAUGUUUCUAAUGGUGGUGCUUUUUACAAUCACACAAAAGCAGCUCCAGAUACUUUCGUCCCAUCCAUGCAUGAUGUCAUUGCAUCUUCUGGAGCAAUCGCAAAUAGUUUUGCUGUAAAGACAUCUGCUACAUCCACUGGUUCACGAAAAAAUCCUGUAAGUCGUCCGAGCAGACACCUUGGCCCCCCUCCCGGUUUUAGCCGUGUUCUUCCUAAACAAGUAAAUGAAUCUGUUUCUGGUUCUGAUCUGGCAAGUGAAAGCCCCAUGCUGGAUGAUUAUAGUUGGUUGGAUGGAUAUCAGGUGCCCUUGUCCACAAAAAGUUCUGGCCUCAAUAAUUCAAUUAAUUAUCCAUCACAUUCAAACCCACAUUCUGUCUCUAUUGGCAAUGGCUUGCCUGGAACUAUGAACUUCCCAUUCCCUGGGAAGCAGGUUCCAACCAUGCCAUUCCAAUCAGAUAAGCAAAAUGGGUGGCAAGAUUACUCAAUGCUUGACAGUCUUAAAUUACAACAUGAACAGCAGCUGCAGUUACAGCAACAGCAAGCCACUAAUGGGAAUCAGCACUUCAAUCCACCGCCCGAGCAAUAUCAAGGACAGUCUGGCUGGACUGGUCGUUACUUUGUGUGAUGUCAAUACAGGAGUAUAAAUGGGUCCUGAGAAUUGUUCUGGUAAUUACUGCAUCCUUUUGCUGCCAAUUUUAAACUCCAAAUUUGAAGCCUUAUCAGUGUUGAAGUUGAUGGAGCCUUGGUGGCCUUGGCUUCUUGCAGGAAGUUGCUAGUACACAGAUUUCGUUGAGCUUUCCUGCUCUCGGAGGGAUGAGAAAUACAGAGAUCUGAAUCAUGAUGCGAAGCUCCUAAUAUAUGCAUUAUCUGGUUAUCUGGGGUGAAUUAAACGUGUUUAAUAGUAACAUCAUCCGUUGGUUUUGGGGCUGUUGUCUUGUGCAAUUUGGUGGAAUAAAAAUGGCAUACUCACCAUUCCCAUUAAACUCUUGAAUCAGUGUUACCUCAGGUGGCAGCUGAUAAUGGUUAGGCUAACCUGAGGUUUGUGGCAGAAAGCUUUGGGGAAGCUGAGUUGGACUUGGUUAAUGGAAAUGGUACUUGGUGUUUAGAAAUGGGAUAAAUAGCAGAUUGUGAUAAUGACACUGAAAAAUGGUAUAUUUGGUGUUAGAGUAUAUUCGUGUCGUGGUAUAUAUAUAUGGUCGUUGUGGUCUCCCAGUUUAAGACUUGUUGUCUUUGUUUUUAAGCUAAAUAAUUAGUGACGGUUAAUCAAGUCGAGUUUCAAUCGAACUUGUGAAAUAGCGUGUUAAAACAUUGCACUAAAUUUGUUUUUUUUUUCUUUUUCUGUUUUUGACUUCAAAAUUGAUUGGAGAUCACAAACGAGUUUUAUCAUUUUCAAAA